UUGUUUGCUCGUUAAUUUGGUCACAGUGUGUAUUGGGGAGAGUAUGGCUAAAGCCUGAUUUGGAUUUUUCAAGCAGUUUGUUUUCUCUUUUCUGCUAGGAUUGGGAUCAUGAUUGCUGUUGAAAGCUGUGGGCGAGUGGGAGGAACACAGUUAUCAUGUGGACCACCAGCCCCUAAACAACCAGCCAGUUUAACCAUGACACCCACUUGCCUGCGCUGACCUGCCCCCCCCACCCCACCCCCCCUCCUCAUUUUUCUCUACACACCUUUGUCGAGAGGCGUGGACUAACCGGGAAAUAAUAGCAGUCGGACAGGAAGUAAACAAAGAUGUCUUCCCACAAGCGCAGAUUCCAGUGCUUCGAUGCCAUCUCGGACGAGGGCGGCCACCACCACCACUCCAAACCCUCGCUCCCCUUCGGGCUGCGUUCUGCCCCCGCGCCUCCCCCCAGGAGAGCCACCCAUGGUGGGGAUACCAUUCACCAGGAGACCCUGGAGGAUUGGGGGUGUUACCUGUGCGCCCAGGCCACAGAGGCCAGAGAGGAGGCCCAGAGAGAGGCCCAAAGAGAGGCCCAAAGAGAGGCAUCAGCCUGGUACCUCCCUCCGGUCCACCCACACUCCCACCAUCACCACCCUCAGCAGUAUGUUCGCAGGCGGCCGGUCCGGCCUGAGGAGGUCCCUGCUGAGCCCUCUUGCCACCACCACCACCUCCACAAGAAGGUGGUGCUGGUGAAGAAUAGCGACCCCUCUGUUCGGAGGACCAUCGUGCUCCAUCGCAAGACCCUCCGCAGCCUGAGCCUGUUUCUGGAGGAGCUGUCAGAGUUCAUGCAGUACCACAUCAGGAAGCUGUACACUCUGGAGGGACGCAAGAUCGACAGUGUUCAGGGUCUCCUGCAGUGCCCCAGUGUGUUGAUUUGUGUGGGCCGUGAGCCCUCCCAUCCCAUCCUUCUGGAGAACUUCCGGAAAAACUCAGAUGACAAACUUCCACGACUGCGGCCAAAGUCACUGGGACGCUCCAGCAUGGCCAGUGAAGGACAGGAGAGUAAGAAAAAUGGCGGUUUAGGACUUGAGGCAAAGAAAAGUGUCAUCCACUUAAGAUCUGAAUUCAACAACCGGUCAGCCAGGCAUUCCAUAUCAUCGGACAAAUCACUCCCACCAAUCAACUCUACAUCCCCAGCCCACGUAGGCCCAUGCCCUCAUUCAGGUGAAGGCUUGAUGGAAGACGACAUCGAGAAAAGGGUACUAGUCAACAAAGAUGGCAGCUUGUCAAUGGAAAUGAAAGUGCGUUUCCGACUACUGAAUGACGAGACGCUGCAUUGGUCCACACAAGUAAAGAAGUCAGUAGGAACGAACAAUGAAUACCUCCAAGGAUACCAUGAUAACUGCUCUCUACAGCAGAGUAGUGUGGAAAGCUGUUCAGAGUCGGAGCCCCUUUCACCAGGCGAGGCUGACGAUGCCUACAUCACCAAACUGCACCAGAAGCAUCUGGACGUCCCUCACUGUCAGCACUGCUGUGGCCACUGCCAGGACAAUGAGAUCAGGAAGACCCAUAUUGCGGGGGGGCAGAGGACUGUACGCCACGUCACCUCCUCCAGCUCCAGUGCCUCCUCACACACCAUUGUAUGUAAAGAAGGAUCCGUGGAGACUAUGUCCAGUGAGGAGAUCACCGAGCACGUGGUGGAGAAGACUGCUUGCUUUCAGCAGACUGUGGAGGAAGGGGGCGACUCCAUGGUGGAGUACUGCACCAUCAGCCGCGGCUGCAGCAGGAGCGAAGUGCACUCGACAACAACGUCCGCCAAGAGUAGGACUAGGGUUUCCACUGAGGACAAGAGCAAGAGCCUUGGCAUGAAUGAAUGCAUUGACAUUACAACCCAGGCAUCAGAUAAAAAUGAGCCUACAGCUGAUAGUUCAUCCUCCGCUUCCUCCAAGGAGUCUCAGCGCGAGUUCAGCGUCAAGAUCACUGAUGCAGAGGAAGAGGAUCGGCCUGUGUCUGCUGUUAGUCUUUCCUCUCAGAUCCUGGCAUCGCUCAGUGAAGACCAGGACGAUGAGGAAGACAGUCUUCCACCAAGUAUUUCGAGAGCGUGUGCAUGUUCUCAGAAUAGCAAUGCAGAAGAAGAGGAACCCACUAGAAUUGCUGUUUUGAACUCACCUAUAGCAACACCUAUGCAACAUUUAUCUCCCAGGCCUCCGAGUAGCAAGGGAUCUUCUGUGCGCUCUACCAAGUCCAAGAAAUCAAUCAAAGUUGUUUCUCUGGCACCAUCAAAUGGACAAAAUGACCAAGAAUCAAAAAAGUGUGAAUGUGAAGGAUCUGAUGAAGCAGUAGAAACAAUGGAAGAUGACAAAGAAAAUCCUGAAACUGCAGUAGAAGAAGAGAGUCAAGAAACGAACCCUUCAGAGGACACUGAAAACAAAGACCCAGAAACAAAGGAGAGAGCAAAGUCUGUCAAAUCAAAUGUCUCUACCAGAUGUAGGAAGUCCAACGUUGGGGAGAAAGGAGUUAAUUCAGGAGAGCGAUCAUCAAGUGCCAUGUCAGUCAAAUCAAAUGCCUCAGCAAAGUCAAGGAAGUCCAAUGUUUCAGCUGUAGAAGACGUAGAUUUACAGGAAUAUCCAACAGACAAAAGAUCCUCAAGUGUCUCAACAAGAUCUCAGUCCAAAAUGUCCGAAGCUGAAGAAAACGUUACACCGGAAGAAUACGAAAAAACAGCAUUAAGUGCUUUGUCAGUUAUUAAAUCUAACGCCUCAAGAAAGUCCAAAGUUUCUCAUGUUCCCGCUGAAGGAAAAGCAGAAGAGGAAUUGGAAGAAACUGAAGAGAGAGCAGCUAGUGCGAUGUCUGCUAUGUCUAAUGUUUCUGCAACAUCAAAGUCCAAGGUUUCUGAACUUUGUGUCAAAGAAACCGAAAGAGCAUCCAGCGUUAUGUCUGCUAAGUACAAUAUGUCAGCAAGACACAAGAAAUACGACAUUUCUGAUGAUCCCGCUGCAGAACAGGAUCAAACUCUUCCAGCUGAGGAAAAUGGAGAAGAGGAUUUGGAAAAGUCUGAAGAGAGAGCACCUAGUGCUACGUCAGCUAAUUCUAAUGUUUCUGCAAAAUCAAAGAAAACGAAGGUUUCUCAAAUUUGUGUUGAAGAUGACAGAUCAUCCAGCAGCAUGUCUGCUAAGUACAACCGGUCCGCAAGACACAAGAAAUACUACGUUCCUUAUGAUCCCGCUGGAGAAGAGGAUCAACCUGAGGAGAGAGCACCUAGCGCCAUGUCUGCUAAGUACAACCGGUCAGGAAGAUAUGAGAAAUACUAUGUUUCUAAAGAAAAAGAGGAUCAAACUGAAGAGAGACCAUUGAGUGGUAUGUCUGCUAUGUCCAAUGGUUCUGAAGCACCUGCUGUGGAAAACGCAGAAGCAGAGGAGGAAACAGCUGGAGAAGGUCCAGAGAAGGAAACAGCUGGAGAAGGUCCAGAGAAGGAAACAGCUGGAGAAGGUCCAGAGAAGGAAACAGCUGGAGAAGGUCCAGAGAAGGAAACAGCUGGAGAAGGUCCAGAGAAGGAAACAGCUGGAGAAGGUCCAGAGAAGGAAACAGCUGGAGAAGGUCCAGAGAAGGAAACAGCUGGAGAAGGUCCAGAGAAGGAAACAGCUGGAGAAGGUCAAACUGGAGAGAAAGCAGAAGAGGUAGAAAAAACAGAGGGUGUUCCCGCUGAACAAACUGAUGAAUCUGAGCAUGAAAUGGAAGCUAAGUCAGCUAAGUCUAAUGUCUCUACCAGAUCAAAGAAGACUAAUGUUUCUCUAUUUUGCGUUGAAGAAACUAAGAGAUCAUCCAGCGCUAUGUCUUGUAAGUACAACCGAUCAUCAAGAUUCAAUAAAUACUACGUUUCUGAUGAAACUGAAAAGAGAUCAGCUAUGUCUGAUAAAUCCAAUAUUUCUGAUGAUCCUUCUGAAGACAACGCAGAAGAUGAAUUUGGGAAAACUGAGGAGAGAGCACCUAGUGCUAUGUCUGCUAAGUCUAAUGUCUCAGCAAGAUCGAAGAAAUCUAAAGCUGCCGAGGAAGACACUGAAGAGGGAGCCGAAGAAAGAGCAGAAACUGAGAUAGCAGAAGAAACAGACAACAGAGCUCCCAGUGUUAGGUCUUUUAAGUCCAAUGUUUCUGCAAGAUCAGCGAUGUCUAAAUCUUCUGAAGAUCCUCCCGAGGAAAACGAAGACAAGGAAUUGGAAGAAAUGAAAGAGAGACAACCUAGUGCUAAGUCAGUUAAGUCCAAUGUUUCUGCAAAAUCAAAGAAGUCAAAGGUUUCUCAACUUUGUCCUGAAGAGGAAACUGAAGAGCGAGCACCCAGCGCUUUGUCUGGUAGGUCUGCUGUGUCGGCAAGAUGCAAGAAAUCAAAAGCUUCUGAAGUUCCUGCUGAAGACAGCCAUGAAAAUGAAAUAGGUGAAACUAGAGAGAGGCCAACUUGUGCUAUGUCUGUUAAGUCCGAAGUUGCAUCUGAAGAAACUGCUGAACCUAAGGAUGAAACAGAGGAUCGAGGUCCCAGUGCUAUGUCAACCAAGUCAGCUAAGUCUAAUGUUUCAGCAAGAUCAAACAAAUCCAAAGCUUCCAAAAUCCCUGCUGCUGAAGAGGAUCAAUUUAAAGAGAGAGCACCCAGCAGUAUGUCUGCUAAAUCUAAUGUUUCUACAAGACAUGUGAAGCCUAAAGCUUCAGAAGUUCUUCCUGUGGAAAAUGGAGAUGAAGAAUUGGAAGACGUUGAAGAGAGAGCACCCAGUGCCAUGUCUGGCAGGUCAGCUAAGUCGAAUGUUUCUGCAAAAUCAAAGAGGUCCAAGGUUUCUCAACUUUGUGUCAAAGAAACCGAGAGACCAUCCAGCGUUAUGUCUGCUAAGUACAAUAUGUCAGCAAGACACAAGAAAUACGACAUUUCUGAUGAUCCCGCUGCAGAACAGGAUCAAACCGAGGAGAGAGCAGCUAGUGCGAUGUCAGCCAAGUCAAAUGCUUUAGCAAGAACAACUAAAUCUAAAACUUCUGAAGUUACAGCUGAGGAAACUGUUGACCUUGAAAACCAAACAGAAUAUGCUACUGCCAAAGUGAAGGCACGAGAGGAUGUAAAGGAAACUGAAGAGAGAGCAGCUAGUGCGAUGUCAGCCAAGUCAAAUGCUUUAGCAAGAACAACUAAAUCUAAAACUUCUGAAGUUACAGCUGAGGAAACUGUUGACCUUGAAAACCAAACAGAAUAUGCUACUGCCAAAGUGAAGGCACGAGAGGAUGUAAAGGAAACUGAAGAGAGAGCACCUAGUGCUAUGUCAGCUAAAUCAAAUGUCUCAGCAAGAUCUAAAAGGUCAAAAGUUUCAGUUAUUGAACCUGACCAUGAAACAGAGGAGCGAGCACUCAGAGAGGAGGAGACUGCUAAGUCACAUUCAUCUGCAAGAUCAAGGAAGUCCAAAGUUUUUGAAGUAAAUUCUAUAGAAAAAGCUGAAGAGCAAGUAGAGGAAAAUGUGGUGAAUGCACCAAGUGCUGUAUCUGCUAAGUCUGCAAAGUCAGCUAAGACCAAUGCGUCAGACAAAUCUAACUGCAUUUACUGUAGCUCCAAACCGAAAGAUAGUACAACUGCUGAAGUGGCUGAGAGACCUAAAAGCAACAUGUCCAACGUGUCUUCCCAUCUACAAGUCAAAGGACAAAAGGACAAAAACAAUAAGGAUGAAGCCAAAAGUGACAAAGGGAGUGACAUUUCAAGAAAGACAAACAGGUCAAAUAAGACUGCCACUAGAGAUCAUGUGGACACUCCCAGACCUAACUCUGUUGCGUCAGAGAGUUGUCUCACUCCUUCCCCACCAGAGUGCCCACCAACCCCCAGAAAAAUCAAACGUCCUGUUAUUUUACUUGGUGGCUCGAGUGACAGUAAUAAGUCACAUGCAGCAUAUCCAGUGGAAGAGAACAUCUCAUGCAAUGGCCCCUUGGAAGUGACAGACAGGAAUGUCAGCGACAACAAAAGUGACAAGAGUGGCAAGUGCAAACAGAGGAAAGGGGUUCCCUUACUCAGUUUCUCCCGACAGUUGCUGGAAGGAGAAGUCUCUGAGCUGGUUCCCUCCAAUCUACCAAACGCCUCUCCAACAGAGGUGGUGAAUGAGUGGCUUAAGAAAAUACCGUCUGACAGUGCGAUGUACGACAUUGGGGAUGAAUUCAUUGACAGAGGCCAUUCACCAGAAGAACUACCGCAAAAGGAAAAACCAAAAGAGGAUAUUGACACCAUUGCUGAGUGUGAAACUCAAAACGAAAAAAAGGAAGAGCUCAAAGAGACAGUGGUCAACCAUGUGGCUGACAGUGAGGAGCCAGUGGAGACCCCACCAGAGACCCCACCAGAAGACACUCGCCCCUGCACCGCUCCACAGGAAGAGGUAUCAAAGAGCUUUCACUCCUCAGUUCAGGUGAUGAAAGUCCUGUUGAAUCCUAAGCUUGACCGGUGUAACAGUUUACCUGAAGUUUCCCCAGUGUACGGACGUAAACUGAGCACCUCAGCCAGAGGUCUCCUGGAUUGCCUCGCAAAGCUGCAGUUGAUAGACUUUGAUCCCAACUACGAUGCAAACGCCAAGGACACAAGGUACAGAGAGCUAAUGAACAUCCUCCAGUCCCUCUGGUUGUGUGACCCAGCAGAAGGUGGAAAGUCACAGCAGAAUGGCUGUGAUCAACACUCUGUGGACGGUGAUGGGAAAGCAAGGUCGUCCUCUGGGGUGGAUGUCAGCAGUGGCUCAACAGGCUCAGGUAAGAGUUCAGGCCGUGUGGCUCAGGCAACGAACGCAGAGGGGGAAGCGUUGGUGAAGGUACAAGAAGUUGAUGAAAUGGCACAGAAAGAUGAAAACCCAGAGUCCUCAGCACCAAUGUCUGAUACAGCCACUCCGGACAUAGCCAGUCGGGUCCAAUGGACCCCCGAAGAAGGAGGAGAAGGAGCAAUAGCAGUGGAGGAAGAGAAACAAAAAGAUGAAGACGUCCCGGAGUCUGAUGACACCAUUAGAAAUGAAAGUCUGAGAGAAUUACCAGAAACACCCCCGUCUUCCAAUAAGAGCUCAGACCCUCGAGAGGACACAAGCUCUGGCUCUCCUCCAUCUGUCCAAAGGGCACAACUAAACAAAAAGGUUUCCCUGGAUCCUGAUCCUGUCUGGGUCUUGAAGUUACUGAACAAACUAGAGAAGCAGUUCAUGACACAUUAUAUGGAUGCCAUGGCUGAGUUCAAGGUUCGCUGGAACUUGGACAACAACGAACAACUCAAUGCCAUGAUAGCUGAACUGAAAGACGAUGUAAGGAGGAGAAUACAACUAAGCAUCGACAGGGAACUGAGGAAGAUCCACGGUCGGGCUGGAAGACCAAGACCACCCAAAGAAGCCUUGUCACGAGAAUCAAAUGCACAAACAGAGACAAGGCGAAGAAGACUGAAAGUUGUGCGUGACCAGUCCAUUGAUAACCGGGUUGAUAAAAGUGAGGAUGCAACCUGCACUUCCUUCAGUGACCAACGGAGUGAUGAUGAAUAUUGCCCUUGUGAAGCAUGUUUACAAAAGAAACUGGAAUUGGGGCCACUGCUUCCUGCAGAAGUCCUGCAUACUGCACCAGUCAUGAUGGCUUUUGAUCUAAAGUCAAUUCUUCAGUUGAAAAGGGAACCUACUCCAAAGACACAAGAAGCUGAUGUUACAGAUGACACUGAAACGGUGGUAGUGAAAGCUGGCAUUGCACAUGCUUUUGAUUUAAAGUCAAUAAUUCUCCAGUCGAAAAAGGACAGUCCACCACAGAUACAAGUAGAAGUCAAUGUUGCAGAUGAGACUGAAGGUAUGGAUGAAGCCAAAGCAGCGGAAACUCUUGUUGAAAAUGUUAUCAAUGGGGCUAAGAAGGAGAUGAAGGAAUCACAACAAAAAUAUGCUGAAAUGGGUGACAAAGCUGAGACAGCAGAAUCUGAUGUAGAAGUGACAGCUGAAGGUGAAGCAAUAGAAGAGGGGGAUGCUGAAACAGAUACUGCUGAAGAUGAAGCAGAUGAAGAAGAAACUGAGGAAGCUGAGACAGCAGCUAAGGAAGCAGAGGGAAAGGAGGUGGAUGCUGAAUCAAAUAAUACUGAAGCUGAGAUAGAGGAAGCAGAAGAGAGUGGUAAAGCAGAGAUAGCAGUGUGUUGUGAAGCCGGGGAAGAGGAGGAAGUCGAAGCAGAGACAGCUGAAGAUGAAACAUUGGAAGAAGAAACUUCUGAAGCAGAAACAGCAGCUAAUAAUGAAGCAGCAGGAGAAGAGGAGGAAGCUGAAGCAGAAACAGCAGAAGCUGAGACAGCAGAAGAUGAAGCGGGAGAAGAAGAAACUGCUGAAGGAGAGACAGUAGCUGAUGACGAAACAGCAGGAGAAGAAGAGGCAGCUGAAGAAGACACUGCGGGAGAGGAAGAAGUUGAAGCAGAAACAGCAGAAGCUGAGACAGCAGAAGAUGAAGCGGGAGAAGAAGAAACUGCUGAAGGAGAGACAGUAGCUGAUGACGAAACAGCAGGAGAAGAAGAGGCAGCUGAAGAAGACACUGCGGGAGAGGAAGAAGUUGAAGCAGAAACAGCAGAAGCUGAGACAGCAGAAGAUGAAGCGGGAGAAGAAGAAACUGCUGAAGGAGAGACAGUAGCUGAUGACGAAACAGCAGGAGAAGAAGAGGCAGCUGAAGAAGACACUGCGGGAGAGGAAGAAGUUGAAGCAGAAACAGCAGAAGCUGAGACAGCAGAAGAUGAAGCGGGAGAAGAAGAAACUGCUGAAGGAGAGACAGUAGCUGAUGACGAAACAGCAGGAGAAGAAGAGGCAGCUGAAGAAGACACUGCGGGAGAGGAAGAAGUUGAAGCAGAAACAGCAGAAGCUGAGACAGCAGAAGAUGAAGCGGGAGAAGAAGAAACUGCUGAAGGAGAGACAGUAGCUGAUGACGAAACAGCAGGAGAAGAAGAGGCAGCUAAAGAAGACACUGUGGGAGAGGAAGAAGUUGAAGCAGAAACAGGAAAAGAUGAAGAUGCAGAAGAAGAAAUUGAUAAAGUUAUAGCAGCAGGAUCAACGCCAGGAGAAGAGGAGAGCACUGAAGCAGCUGAUAAUAAAAUGUCAGGAAAGGAGGAAUCUGAAGCUGAAACUGCAGAGGCAGAGACAGCUGAUGUAACAGCAGAAGAAGAUGAGACUGCGGAAGUAGAGGCAGAUGAAGAGGAGACUGCAGGAGACGAGGAGAGUGCUGAGGCAGAGACAUCCGGAGAUGAAGCAGGAGAGGAGGAGACUGCUGAGGCAGAGACUACAGAUGAUGGAACAGCAGGAGAAGAGACUGCUGAAGUAGAAUCAGCUGAAGAGGAGACUGCAGGAGACGAGGAGAGUGCUGAGGCAGAGACAUCCGGAGAUGAAGCAGGAGAGGAGGAGACUGCUGAGGCAGAGACUGCAGAUGAUGGAACAAGAGGAGAAGAGACUGCUGAAGUAGACGCAGCUGAAGGGAAGAAUGCAGGAGAGGAAGAGAGUGCUGAAGCUGAAACAGCUGGAGAUGAAACUGCCAAAGAAGAGGAGGAUGCUGAAGUAGAGACAGCCGACGAGGAAACUGCAGAAGCUGAAACAGUUGAAAAUGAAACAGUUGAAGGGGAGGAGGAUGCUGAAUCUGAGGCAGCAGAAGAGGAAGCUGCCAGAGACGAAGACACAGUGGAGGCAGAGGCAGAAACCAAUGAUGAUGCAGCAGGGGAAGAGGAGAUUUCUAAAGCUGAGACUGCAGACGGUGAGACACCUGGAGAAGAUGAAACCACAGGGCACGAGUCCUCAGAAAAUGAAACAACUGGUGAUGAGUCGGCCGAAAUUGAAACAACUGGAGACGAAUCGGCACCAGCUGAAACUGCAGGAGAAGGGACAGCUGACAAUGAAACAGCAGGAGAGGAGGAGAGUGCUGAAGCUGAAACAGCUGGAGACGAAUCGGCACCAGCUGAAACUGCAGGAGAAGGGACAGCUGACGAUGAAACAGCAGGAGAGGAGGAGAGUGCUGAAGAUGAAUCAGCUGAGGGAGAAGAGCAGACAGCUGGAGAUGAAACUGGAAGAGAUGAGAAUGAAAACGCGGGAGAAGAAUCGUCAGAAGCUGAGGCAUUUGAAGACGAAGCAGCAAGUAAAAGAGCUGAGGAGAAUGUAGAAAAGGGGGAGGAUGAAACAGCAGAGGAUAAAGAGCCUGUAGUUGAAUCAAACAUUGAGGAGACGGAUUGUCAUGAUGACGUAUCGGAGAUAAAAGCAGACGACGAGGCGGAGGAGGGAGAAACGACAGACCAAUAUAUGGUUCCGGAGGAGACAGGAACAGAACAAGAAGAUGAUACAAAUGCAGGAGACAAUGUAGGAAACGAGGCAGAAGAAGCAAAGACAAACAAAUUAAAUGCAGAAAAUGGAAGCCAAGACCAGGCCGAGAACGUUGUAGGGGGGUCUGAAAAAGAUGAAGAAGUGGAAACUACAGAGGGCAAUGAGACAGCCAAUGAAGAGGAUUGCUGCGGAAACGUUGGGUACUCAGCCGACGGAGAGGAUGAAGCUGAGGAUGAGUCUGAGUUGGAAAUAUCAACAGAUGAGGGAGAACAAUCAGAGGUGGCAGCUAUCGGGAAGGAAACUGUUGAGGAAACUCCAAUGACCUCAUUCGAUGCCUUGGCCCGAGCAGAGUACUCUGAAGACAGUGCUUACGCCGAUGUUGAGGAUUCAGAGACUGACGGUAACAACGAGGAGUCAGAGGCACAAGAGGACAAACCAGAAGAGGAGGAGGGUGAUAUCUCAGCAGAGGGUCAGGCUGAGCUUCAUGUUGAAGAGACUCCAGUUGAGGAGCUGCAGGAGGAGGAGAAGGAGGAGGAGACUCCAGUUGAAGAGACUCCUGUUGAGGAGUUGCAGGAGGAAGCGGAGGAGGAAGCUGAGGAGAUGGAAGAAGUUGAGAUGGAGGAAGUUGAGGAGACUCCUAUUGAGGAGCUGAAGGAAGAAGCUGAGGAGGAGCAGGCUGAAGUGGAGGAGGAGGCUGAGGAGGAUGCAGCUGAAGAUGAUGCUGCUGAGGAGGAGCAGGAAGAAGUUGAGGAGACUCCUAUUGAGGAGCUGAAGGAAGAAGCUGAGGAGGAGGAGGCUGAAGAGGAGGCAGCUGAAGCUGAUGCUGCUGAGGAGGAGCAGGAAGAAGUUGAGGAGACUCCUAUUGAGGAGCUGAAGGAAGAAGCUGAGGAGGAGGAGGCUGAAGAGGAGGCAGCUGAAGCUGAUGCUGCUGAGGAGGAGCAGGAAGAAGUUGAGGAGCAGCAGGAAGCAGCUGAUGAGGAAACUACUGACAAUGAGGCAUCUGAUGAGGAAGAGCAGGAAGAAGGGGUGGAGGAGCCGGAAGCUGAAGAGAUUGAGGAAGCUGAGGAAGAUACUGCUGACAACGACGAUGCUGUUGAGGAAGAUCCAGCUAAUGAGGGGGAUGACAUCACAAGCAAAGGACAGUCUGAAGACGACAGUGAUAGUGGUGGACCUUCUGGGACAUCUAAUAAAAGCCUACGUGGUCAACCCACCAAGUCUUCCAUGGAAUCACAACCAGGCUCACUGGACAAAGUCCUGGAUGAAGAGGCAGCGACAGAAUCCAACAGCGAGAAGAGUUCACAGAUAGGUUCAGGGGAAAGGUCGGGCCACCACCUCUCUGUGAAGAGCAACCAGAUGUACCCUACAGACACAGAGGACGAAAGCAGGGUGUCAGAAUGCACAGAGGCAGUCAGCGAAGUCCUCGAGGGACAAGUCGUUCACCCAAAUAAGAAGACUCCGAAGAAGACUCCGAAGAAGACUCCGAAGAAAAGUCCGAAGAAGUAGAAGAAGAAAAAAAAGUAAAGCCAAGUAAAA